GAGGGGAUGUGCUUGGUGAGGAUAUCUUCACUAAGUCUCAAAUUACAUUUCUUCAUUCUCUUUACUUGUACGGCAUGGAAUGGGAUAAAAGAGCUCCUUCGACCUCAUAUGGGGAUGGGCGUGCAGGUGAACGUGGACGAAGUGUGAGAGGGAGUGAAAGAGAGAGAGACCGUAGUCACCGGGACGACUAUUCUGAUGCCGAAACAGUGAAACAAUCAAAUUACCCCAAACCACGUGCCUCAUCAAAAAGACCAAAAGAUCGUUCUAAAGGAUACACAGAUAAAGGAUUUGACAACCGAGGGGGACCACCCCCUUCUAAAUCUGCUUAUGGUUUCGCCGAUCCAUUCACCGCUGCAUCUGUAGCCCCCAGUAUUGCGAGCAUUAGUACAAGAGGCCAUAAAAGUGGCACCGUCGUGGGCAAAGAAGUAGAUAGGGUGGACAGGCGUCACGGCGUAGAUGAUUGGGAGGCUAGAAGCGCAGCUGUUGAAAGAGCCCGUAUAGCAUUAGAGCAAAGACAAGGAUCUCUCGGUCAGAGAGAGAGGAAUGCGCGCAUCGAUGAUUACGCUGCAAAUUCGCUUGAUCGUGUGGGGGAUAGUCCAGCACUGACUGAGACUCCAACCAUGAAAAGUCGGGGCACAAGGGAGAGCAGAUCCCACAGAAGAGCAGAAAGUGUGACUCCUAGCAGUAGAAUCCCCCUUGAUAGGCGAUCGAGAGCAUCAAGUACGGUACCCCGCGAUAGAAUUCCCAUGCAGGGGGGCGCAGCAUUGCAUAUGACUUCUUCCACGACAAUGAUGAUGAGCAAUAGCAAUUCCAAUGGCGAUGAUAUGCAAUUUUAUAGUCAUAGACACCGCAGUUCUUUCGUUUCAUCUGGCAAUGGCGGGGGACAGCUUAACAUGGCUCAGACGUCUAGCUUUGUCUCACAGUCUGGCGAUCCUCACAGGCUUUCGAGAGACAGGAGGGCACCAGACAUGACUGUUGACUAUUCUCAGGCCGGUAUACAACGCAGUCGGCCCGGAGAGAGCAUCGGUGGCGACACUGCAAGACACCGCCCUCUCACCCUCCUGCCUUCCCAGCCAAAGAACGAUCCAAGGAUCGAUCGAAGGAUUGAAGAUCUGGGGUCAGUAUCAGCUUCGCAUGCUUCUGAAAGCACUGUCAAGCCGCGACGUAGGAGAGAGUCGGUCGGAAAUCGGCCAUUUGAAAAUUCGGAGUCGGGCGCUAAAACCAUAACGGGAACGGAAGCCUCAAUGCUGCAAAAACCUGAAGCUUCAAACAGUGGACGCACCGAACGCACCGGACGAACUGGACGCACCGGACGAACUGGACGCACCGAUCGAACUGGGCGCUCUAACGAUUUGAGGACGAUGUUUUUGGAUAAUGAGCCUCCGCGUACAGACCCACCAGUCGCGCCUUCCAGUAGGACACACACUACCCUGCGUCCACCACCACCCCUAUAUAGCGAUCGCAGUAAUCAAGCUCCCUCUACAACUGCUAGCCAUACACGUCGCCUGGCACGGGACAGGGAUCUUGGCGUUGAGCGUUUUCGCUAUCACGAAAGAGAUUAAGAUUUCAACUAAAGAGAUCCUUUUAGGAGCAGAGAUGAGUAGCCACUACGAUAUUAGCAAGCAUGGCAAUGUUAGUAAGCAGUAUUAGGGUAUGCUUCGCCAGAUUUGAUAUUAUAUGGAGGUAAAUGUAAUUUCGAUGAACUAAAGAUGUUAGGCUCAUCUUGCGGGUCCUUGUUAUUGUAUUUUUUCGGCGUUUCGAUUCGUUUAUGGGUUUAGAUUUGGUUGAUAGAUCAGGUAGGCUAGUCGAGAAUAGACUUCGGAAUUUGAUAGUUAGUAUUGUGAUA